GAGGUCAAAAAUGGGUAAAGACAUUGAAGUUGGCACUGAAUAUGCCCCAAAGGACUACCAAGACCCACCACCUGCACCCUUAAUUGACCCUGAUGAACUAGGAAAAUGGUCAUUUUAUAGAGCCAUAAUUGCAGAAUUCAUAGCCACUUUGUUAUUUCUCUACAUCACUGUCCUCACUGUAAUUGGUUACAAGAGCCAAAGUGAUAUUGACCAUAAUGGUGAUCAAUGUGGUGGUGUUGGCAUUCUUGGAAUUGCUUGGGCUUUCGGGGGCAUGAUAUUCGUGCUUGUUUACUGCACUGCUGGUAUUUCUGGUGGACACAUUAACCCUGCUGUCACUUUCGGGCUUUUCUUGGCUCGAAAAGUGUCGUUGGUUCGGGCUAUUAUGUACAUUGUGGCUCAGUGUUUAGGAGCCAUUUGUGGUUGUGGGUUGGUUAAGGCAUUUCAAAAGGCUUAUUAUGUUAGGUAUGGUGGUGGUGCUAACAUGUUGAAUGAUGGAUAUAGCACGGGUACUGGUUUGGGUGCUGAAAUUAUUGGUACUUUCGUUCUUGUUUACACUGUUUUUGCUGCUACUGAUCCUAAGAGGAAUGCCAGAGACUCUCACGUCCCUGUGUUGGCACCACUUCCAAUUGGAUUUGCCGUGUUUAUGGUUCACUUGGCAACAAUACCUGUUACUGGAACUGGAAUUAACCCUGCUAGGAGUUUUGGGGCUGCUGUUAUUUAUGGCAAAGACAAAGCCUGGGAUGACCAAUGGAUAUUCUGGGUUGGACCCUUUAUUGGAGCUGCAAUAGCUGCAUUUUACCACCAGUUCAUUUUGAGGGCUGGAGCUGUCAAAGCUCUUGGAUCUUUCAGGAGCAACGCCUAAUCAAGAGAAUUGAAAUUGUAUAUAUGUGUUGCAGUGUUGGAGAUGAAGUCUCUAUAAAUUAUGCUUUCUUUAAUUAGAAUGGUCUGGCUGUUUGGCAAUUUUUUUAAAUACCAAACACUGUAGCUUUCUUCUUGCUUUUUUGUUUGUGUUUCUGUAAUUUUCUUUAUGCUUGUUUAAGCAUCAAAAUAAUGGAAUCAGCAAGGCUACUAUAUUUCA